AUGGCCGCGGAGCGGCGCGGCGCCGUGCUGCACAUCGUCGUCGUCGGCUUCCACCACAAGAAGGGCUGCCAGGUUGAAUUUUCCUAUCCCCCGCUCAUGCCCGGAGAAGGACACGACAGCCACAGUUUACCAGAGGAGUGGAAAUACCUGCCCUUCCUCGCUUUGCCCGAUGGCGCUCACAACUAUCAAGAAGAUACAGUGUUUUUCCACCUGCCACCAAGAUGUGGGGAUCGAACCACAGUAUAUGGUGUCUCUUGCUACAGGCAGAUUGAAGCCAAGGCGUUAAAAGUCCGGCAAGCAGAUAUCACUCGAGAAACAGUGCAGAAAAGUGUCUGUGUUCUCAGUCAGCUGCCUCUGUAUGGGUUACUUCAGGCAAAGCUGCAACUCAUUACACAUGCAUAUUUUGAAGAAAAAGACUUCUCUCAAAUUUCAAUUCUGAAGGAGCUCUAUGAGCAUAUGAAUAGCUCUCUGGGAGGAACUUCAUUGGAAGGGUCGCAGGUUUAUCUCGGUCUGUCUCCUCGGGAUCUUGUUCUUCACUUCAGACACAAGGUCUUGAUCCUUUUUAAAUUGAUUCUUCUAGAGAAAAAGGUGCUGUUUUACAUUUCUCCAGUAAAUAGGUUGGUGGGAGCUCUAAUGACAGUCCUGUCACUCUUUCCUGGUAUGAUUGAACACGGUCUUACUGACUGCUCGCAGUAUAGACCACGGAAGAGUGUUUCAGAGGACGCUGCCUCGCAGGAGACCGCUCCACGGUUAGAUGAUUAUGUUUCUGUGUCCACUGAUGAUGUUUCAAAUACGAACCUGGGAAUGGGAAAGGGAGGCAGAAGGAAAGCAGGAGAGCAUUCGCUGGAAGGUCAAAAAGCCCAUGUGCCUUUUCCCCAGUCGGAGAAGCCUUGCAAUGGAGCGCAGCCCUCCAACGGUGCCGUGCAGCGCUUGAAAGUUCCUCUCCGCGCUUCUCCAGAGUCUUCUGAAAGUGACUGGGAGACCUUAGAUCCUAGCAUUUUGGAGGAGCCUAAUCCCAAAGGAGAAGGGGAAAACAAAGCACAUGGCCCAGCUGCAAGCCGACUGCCAGAAUGCGCCCGCUCCGAAGGCCUCCCCAUCACGGUGCAGCCGCAGGCAAACGCGGCGCUCGUGCCGGGCCUGGUGUCCGGCUUGGAGGAGGACCCCUUCGGCAUGCCCCUCGCCGUGUUCACAAAGGGAUACCUUUGCCUGCCCUACAUGGCACUGCAGCAGCAUCAUCUCCUCUCAGACGUCUCAGUCCGGGGCUUUGUUGCUGGAGCCACCAACAUCCUGUUCCGCCAGCAGAAGCACCUGAGCGAUGCCAUCGUGGAGAUAGAAGACGCUCAUGUCCAAAUCCACGAUCCCGAGCUCCGUAAGAUGCUGAACCCUACGACGGCCGACCUGAGGUUCGCAGAUUACCUGGUGAAGCAUGUGACUGAGAACAGGGAUGAUGUUUUUCUCGACGGCACUGGCUGGGAAGGAGGCGACGAGUGGAUCAGGGCUCAGUUUACUGCGUAUCUUCACGCGCUGCUCGCUGCAGUGCUGCAACCAGACAAUGAAAAGACAUUGUCAGACUUUGGAACGGCAUUUGUAGCAGCCUGGAAAAACACCCACAACUACAGAGUGUGGAACAGCAACAAGCACCCGGCCCUCGCAGAGGUAAAUGCCAGCCAUCCAUUCCAGGGACAAUACUCCGUAUCAGAUGUUAAGUUAAGAUUGUCACACUCAGUGCAAAAUAGUGAACGCGGAAAGAAGAUUGGAAAUGUGAUGGUUUCCACUAGCCGAAAUGUGGUGCAAACAGGAAAAGCUGUAGGUCAGUCCGUCGGAGGAGCCUUCACAAGUGCAAAAUCGGCCAUGUCGUCAUGGUUUUCCACUUUCACGCAGUCCACACAAAACCUUGGGGACUAGGCACUGCUCUUGCACGCUGCUGCUGGAUGGUGCAGGUGCAGUGGCUUCUCUGAGCUGUAAAAAACUGCUCAAAAUGUAGCAGUGGAGACUUACAGUCCAGGACCAAAACGAAGUCCAUGUUGCUUGCAGGCAGAUGUGGAAGGUUGUCAGUCGGUUUCACUAGAGGUCACCAUAGAAGGAUGGUGAGUGUCUCCACACAAUGGGAUGGCAUUUGCAGCAUAUUGGCUUAAAAUGACUACUUUUCUGUAAAUCUGAGCCUUUAUAAAGACACUAGCAAAGAGGGCUUGGCACAAGCCAAAUGCGUUGAACCUCAGAUUUGUACAUUUUCUUGGAUGUUGAAGAUAUUUAUGUAAAUUAGCUAUAUUUUUCAAUUCAGAUAGCCAAAUGGUUGUGCAUUCCUGUUAGAAAUAACCAGAGUAUGCAUUACUGAUUUUGCUUUCAGGUUAGAUUUGAGAGCACAUCUGCAAAACGUAUAUGGGGGGAACACAUAAAAGGUUCCAAGCCAGGUGGAACUGUCUCGCUUUGACCUGCAGAUUAAAACUAGCAGGGUGCAAAGUGUCACUCUGGCUAACUUGAGAUUUUUUGCUUUCUUCUUCUCCUCUGUAGCCAUGUACAACUGUUAGAUUAAUCUAUCUCUGGCUCUCUGUAUCUGCAAAUCUGUGUGAUAAUUGUGAAAUUAGUAUUUUCUUGACAUUAUGCAGUAGGCCUUCUUACCUUUACCUAUGUUUCAGCCGUGUUUUACCCUGGGACAUGAGUAGGAUUCUGGUUAGAGAGACCUCUUCAAUACAAAAAAGUAUUUAAAAAAAGAAAAAAAAAAACAGUUCUCCCAAAUUGGGACAGAAUCAUCUAUGAGGAUGUAAUUAUGCCAUAAAUGUAACUACAUGCAUAUGAAUACAAAGUAUUAAAAUUACCUAAAACUAGCACAGUAGCAAACUCUGAACACUUUGAUUGCCAGUAAAGUUAUGAAAAUUCUUUCAAGAAAAUCGGCCAUAUAGAUUUUCUGCAUCUACUCAGGGAAUGGUCUAUUCAGAUUUUUGCAUUAGGGAAGGAACAGCUCAGUUCAUGUCCGUAUGUGAAGAAAUAGGUUAGUUUAUAUGAAAAGAUGUGGCAUAAUGCUGUAUUUCAUAUAUAAGUACACAUGUGCAGUGUCUUCUGUAUCCAAGCAUGCUCUAUUCCAUACAUAUUCCAUAUUUCCUGCUUCUGAACACAUUAUUUCCUGUUUCUUGAAGUGCAUUCCUCUCUAUGCCUUCCAUGUGGUAGCUGUUAUUGCUUUCCACAUUAUAUUAGCAGAUGUCCCUGCUUUAUUACAGUAAAAGACACUCUCAGUUUAUUGCCUCUUUGGUAUCUGACAGCUUUUUGCCACACUCUUUUCUGGGGCCAAGAUUUCAAGUCAUAGUUGUUUCUUCUAUUCCUCGAACAAAAUAGAGCAGCUGUGCAAGAAGUAACUAGGAAGAUCCCAAUGUAGCUUAAGAAAUUCACUUCAGAUUUGUUUAGGUGCAUCUGACAAGUUAAUAGUGAAGGGAAUAAAAAAACAAAAACAGAUUUGUAUCAAGUAGUUAAAAUCCAGCAACUUAAUUUUCAGUUUUAUUGCUUCAAAAAAUAUAUUUUGAAUUUGAAAACACAAGAUCUGCUUUGAAGCUUUCGUUAUUUUUUUUCUAGGGCAAACUACAAAUAGAAAAGCCAUAGAAAACCUGAAAGCCUCCUGCUAGUCUAAAUAGUUUUGCUGGAAAAGGGCCAAAAAUGCCUCUAAAAAGCACUAGUAAUCUACUGCUUCUGACAUAAAAGUAAAAUGCACCUGUAGAAGUGUAACUAUGGCUUUUGGUCUUGAUGUAUAUAUGUGUAUCUUUUAAAACGGCUGAUG